CUCCAGCUUUCACUGGCCAGGUAUACUAAAGACUCCACCUUUCCCUCUCAUUCAACCUGAGAUUCGCUUGAGUUUCAUUGAUAACGCAAUCAACAGUAAAAUUCUUCCAGGCACGGAAAAUCCCCAUUGGCAAGCCGAAAGGUUUUAGACAGAAGUUGAAGUGCAGAGCAUCAAUGGCGGAGGAGCUAAUCAUCACCCUGCCGGAUGACUGGCAUCUCCACCUUCGCGACGGGGACCUUCUUCAAGCUGUUGCGCCCCACAGCUCGAGUCAAUUUGGAAGGGCGAUUGUGAUGCCAAAUCUGAAGCCUCCCAUUACCACCACUGCAGCAGCCGUUGCUUACAGAGAUUCUAUUAUGAAAACCCUGCCUGCUGGUAGUAACUUUUCUCCUCUUAUGACACUUUAUUUGACGGAUAAGACAAGCCCUGAGGAGAUCAAGCUUGCAAGAAGAAGUGGGAUUGUUUAUGGUGUGAAGUUGUAUCCUGCUGGUGCUACCACAAAUUCCCAAGAUGAGGUUACUGAUCUUUUUGGGAAAUGUCUUGCUGUGCUGGAAGAGAUGGUUGAGCAGAAUAUGCCUUUACUGGUCCACGGGGAGGUCACAGAUCCAAAAAUCGAUAUUUUCGAUCGUGAAAAGGUCUUUAUCGAAACUAUAUUACAGCCUCUAAUCAAGAGGCUUCCCAAAUUAAAGGUUGUCAUGGAGCAUAUCACAACAAAGGAUGCUGCUGAUUUCGUUGCAUCCUGUAGUGAAGGAUUUGUUGCAGCAACUGUCACUCCUCAGCAUCUUCUUCUAAAUAGAAAUGCUAUCUUCCAAGGAGGAUUGCAGCCGCAUAACUACUGCCUUCCAGUACUCAAACGAGAAACCCAUCGACAGGCAAUCGUUUCUGCUGUGACUAGUGGAAGUAAAAGAUUCUUCCUUGGAACCGAUAGUGCACCUCAUGAGAAGCAAUGCAAAGAGUCUUCUUGCGGAUGCGCUGGCAUUUACAAUGCCCCUGUUGCCCUGUCAGCAUACACCAAGGUUUUCGAAGAGGCUGGAGCACUUGACAAGCUAGAAGCAUUCACCAGCUUCAAUGGGCCGGACUUCUACGGCCUCCCCAGAAAUACAUCAAGAGUCAAACUCGCCAAGACUCCAUGGAAGGUACCGGAGUCGUUCUCAUUCUCAUUUGGAGAGAUUGUGCCCAUGUUUGCUGGUGAAACGCUGGAUUGGCAACCUUCCCUCGUCUGAUCGAUCGAAUGUACCCCCAUCUGCUCAUCGCUCUGGUCAUGUCUACGCGGUACAAGUUCGACGAAUGUCAGAUUGUUAGCUUUAAAUCAAAGGUUUGUAGACAACAGCAAAUGGUGGGAUGAAGUUUUAUAUGCACCUGAAGUCCUGAAUGAACAUUCAGGGUAGGACAGAGGUAAGCAUAUACUACAAUACCCAUGAUGAUUCCUCUACCCUAAUUUCUCCUUCAUAGGCUUGGGCCUUGGCCCACGAGAUCCAAGUAGCGGCAGGUGGGCCGCACAUGGGCUUGUAUGUAACCUUCAGGUCCAGCCUCUGCUUUGUUUGUUGUUCAAAGUUUUUUUCUUCAAUUAUCAUUUCCUCUAAUUUUGAGUGACUAAUGCUAAUGUACACUUCUACACCUAUCAAAGGGAUUACACAUUGGUAGUGGAAGAGUUCUGCCUUUACAUUAUGACCUAUUUCUAAGUUUGUACCCUCCAUGUAUUUUAUGUGCUUUCUUGUAUCAUCAUCAUCCUAUUAUGCUUCAUUCUCAAGGUUCGCC